AUGAACUUGAGGGUCAGGUGUAUAGUCGUUCGACGGACCCGAAACCUCUGCGACACGUUGGAUGAAGAGGGAGAAGAAGAAAGAGAAGAAGGACAAGAAGGAAAAAAGGACAAGAAAGAGAAGAAGGACAAGAAGGACAAGAAGGACAAGAAGGACAAGAAAGAGAAGAAGACAGAUAGAGCAAGGGUACAAGAUGAUGAGGUCAACAUUGCAGCCAAGAGGCAGAAAACUUCGCCUGGAGAUGCCGCAGCGGAGCGCCAGCGAUCGGAGCAGGAGAGGAUCGUGAAGGUUCAGGAGCAGCAAACUAGAGCAGAGAAACGGAGGAUGCUCGCUCCCAUGACGCAGAGUCAAGCGGAGGAGGCGAACAGCAGAGUUGAGCGAGUCUGGGAUGACGACACCGGGCGGUGGAGACUCGUAAGAGGAGGAGGAGAAGUUUUGGAGCAGAUCGUGACGGCGAGCGAGCAUCGCACCAUCAACAAGCAGGCGACUGGCUGGAUCUCAAGGAUCAACGCACGGAGCUUCUGA